AUGUCAACAGAACCAACAGCGGUAGGCAUCGACAGUAGUGGAGCGAUGACCAGUGGUGCAACGGGGCUUGAUUGUGGAGUGAUCUUCACGGCUUCCAUGGCAGUGAGGAUUUUGAAUUGCAGCGGCAGUGGUUGGGAGACACUAGUCGGCGCGGCAAGAGGGAACGACGACAACGACAACGACUGUACAGGCUUUGCGCCAACAGCAUCUUCUUCCUCGUCCUCUACAAACUCGACUAGAGCUUCAGCUUGCGACGGUGGCGGUGCGGGUACUAUAGGUGGGAUGGCGAUCUCCGCCUUUUCCAUGGCGGCCAGGGUCUCAACUCGCAGCUGCGUUGGUGUUGUUGCUGACAUGUGUUUGUCAUAUGAAGCAAUCAUCUUGCCGCAGGUAGCGAUGACACUGUCUAGCAUUUGGAUUGCCUGA